UCAUAUUUGACAUAAGUGAUUUAACCGAAUUAUGUCUUCAAAAAGUUCAAGUUCCAGCAAAAAAGUCAUCAAAUCAUACACCUCCAGUAAAAAAUCGGUGGUACUGUCACCAAAAAAUGUUAUACGACUCAAUAUUCACCAUACCAGAUUAUUGGAAAAACUAAUAGAUCCGAAGCAAACGCCUUCAUUGUUUGGAGAGAUACGAUUAGAUGAAAUUUUAACGAAAUGCUACUUAGCUCUGGGAGUACAAGAUGAAGACGGAAAGCUUGCCGGUGCUUUGAUUUUAUAUCCAUAUCCAAAUAUACCAGCUAUUCCACAAUGGGAAUGGGAUCAUUGGAUAUUCAACAUUUAUGGAUUGAGUGAAACGAAUAACAGGAACACCCUUUGGAUACAUCUUCUACUGUGGGAUCCUGCAUUCUACUUCGUAUUUCUGAGACCGCUGCUCCAACAUGUAUUCAAUAUACAGAAUUCCAUGGAAUAUUGCAUAUUGGUUAUACCACCCGGGCAUCAAAGAACCGAUUUUGUGUGUAAUUUAGGAAAUGCAGUGUUGCCAAAAGAUUAUCCGAAACAGAAAACUUGCCAAUAUUUGUACAUGUUCUGUCGUAAGGAUUUCAUGGUGAAAUAUAAAAUAAGGAGAGCUGUCGAAGAAGAUAACGAUGAUCUUGUACCACUGAUACAUACUCAUUCGAAAAAAUUAAAAGACUGCUAUGGUAGUUACUACAUUGCCGAAAUUCUUACCAGACACAAAGAUAUGGGCAGACAAAUCAUAGUAGCAGAAUAUCAAGGAACUGCCGUUUCAGUCCUGUGUUUGAAUUCAUCAGUGAAUUAUAAGGUUCUCAAUGAUGAAUUUGAAUUGUCACCAUAUAAUGGUUUCAAAAAACCUCACCCAGAUGACUUUAUAGAUUUAUCCUUGGAAGAUAUACGACAGAGUCUGGAAAAACUCCAUUCCAAAGUGGAAGACGAAAUUCUAGAAAUAAUAGACCAGCGAUCUUGCCAAUUCGGAUCAAGAAGUUCCGAAGACGAGUUGUUGGUUCACAUAUCAGGCAGUGAGUCGGACCAGUUCUCUCUGGUGUUUACAUCUGCCUCCAUGUUUCUAUUCCAAGACGAUGAAGAGAAAGAAGCGAUUCCAUCUAGUUUGGGAUCAGAUGAGGAUAGUCAGGGUUUGCUCAGCCAAUAUCUUGAAUUGCAUGACAAAGAUCCUCGGCUGAUCGAGUUGGACUGGGUUUCGGGAUAUUCUUCUUCAAGAGGAAAGAUUCAGAAGAUUCCGGAAUUCAACGGAGAACCCAACGCUUUCGCUUUAGAAAUAGCGGCAACGCUACCAGAACAUGAAUAUGGACUCAUAAUGCUCUACGAAGCAGCUUUCGAAUGCUUUCCCGGAAGAGAGUACUGUGUCAUGUCGAUACCGUCGACUACACCUAUAAACAAGCUCUACAAAUACUUCACCAGAGUCAUCCCAAGGCCCACCGGAAGCUUUCCAUACGAACUAUAUGUGAUGCAUGAAAAAGCAGUCUUGGGCAAUGUUACUGUCGAGCUAUUACCGAAGAAUUUGACGUGAACUAUCUCCAGGCACACUACGAUUUACACUACAUCGAUAAUAAAAUUCAUCGAGUUGGCUCUCAUGGACUCAUAGAAAGCAUAAUUUUAUCGCCCAUUUUCCAAAGAUACUCCCAGUUUUUUCUCAGAGAAAUACAUAGACUGUGUGAUUUUUCUGUUCUAUAUUAUAGACACACUCCAUACGACACAACAGAAGCUUACAGAGAAAGGCCUCUGCUGAAUAUUCUACAAACUCUGCUACCCGUUUUACCACGAAAGCAGCCUGAGUAUGAUUUGAAGAUACUCAAAGCCGAAG